AGGUAUUAAAAUUUGGUUCAAUGAUUAUUGAUUCAUUACGUCGUUACACUAAACCAGUUUUUGUCUAUCUUCCACCAAAUUCACAAUUACGUGGUGGUGCUUGGGUUGUAGUAGAUCCAGCAAUUAAUCCAGAUUUUAUGGAAAUGUACGCUGAUCCAAUAUCAUCACGAGCUGGUGUUCUUGAACCUGAGGGUACAGUUGAAAUUAAAUAUCGACAAAAAGAUUUAAUUGAUACUAUUAAUCGAUUAGAUGAUUCAUGUAAAUUAUUAUUAAAAGAAUUAAAUCAUUUAAAUGAGCAUACAAACAAUUUGUCAAUGAAUAAUGAUCCAGAAUACAGUACAAAAUUAUUGAAUAUUUCCAUAGAAGAACAUCGUCAACAACUUCGUACUGCAUUAGAAUCUAGACAACAAGAAUUAUUACCAUUUUAUCAACAGGUGGCUUGUAAAUUUGCUGAUUUACAUGAUACACCUGGUCGUUUAUUGGCUAGAAAACUUGUUCAUCGAUUAGUCGAUUGGUCAUCUAGUCGUAGUUUUUUUUAUACACGUCUUAGACGUCGUCUUUUAGAAUUAUCCGCAUUGAAUCUUAUCAAUGGUGUAUUAUCAAAUAGUUCUGAUCAAUAUCCAAUUGAUAUGAAGUACACUACCACUAAUCAUAAUGUGCCAGUUUUAAAUUUUAAUUGUGAGACUAAUAAAAGUAAAGAGAUUUCAUUGAAAGAAGAAGAGGAGAUGGUGUCUAAACAAUCAUCAGUUAGUAAACUUCUACGUGUUGAAAGUAACCAUAGAAUACGUUUUGAUUCAGAAAGUUUGACGCAAACUGUUACAACUAAUGAUCUACCUAAUAAUUCCGAUGGAAGAUAUUCACUUUCUACAACUACCUUGAAGUCUACCGUUUGCAAUAGAGAAGAUGUUGCUAAUAUAAUUGCUAAACAAGUUCCUAAUUUAGCUAUUCGUUACACCUAUCCUACUGAUUAUAAAAUGUCUCUAUUAAAAGAAUGGUUUAUUGAAGCAUUGAAUAAUACUCAUUCUAAUACAAAUGAUUAUGAUAUAUGGGAUAAUAAUGAUUUACUUAUUGGUAAUUGGUUAGCUAAUGAAUUAAAUUGUAAUGAAUUACAUGAAUUAGCAACGAUUGAAACAAUUGAAGAAUUAUAUUCUACAGAUCUAUUCAUUCAUUGUCUUUCAUUUACUUCAGUGAAUCAUUUCCAUAGAAACAAUCAUAAUAUUAAUUUACAAUUAUUUAAUAAAAAUAUUAUUCAAACAAAAAUUCAACAAUUACGUCAAGUAUAUUUUAUGGAACAUAUGAAACAAUCCCUUAUUCAUAGUUCACAAUUAUCAUCGAAUGAAUUAACUACAUUAUUUCAAACUGUACUCACUUCAUCUGAACGUUAUCAUUUGGCUAAACUUCUUUUAUCAGAUUCUACACUAAAAAUGGAUGAUCAUAUUAACAAUAAUCAUAAUGAUGAUAAUAAACAAAAUGUAAAUGAUUGAAAAAUCAAUAACUCUCCUUUAUUACAUCAUAAAAAGGAUCAUUGAUAUUUCUGUGAUCUUUAUUGAUUUUUUUUUCUUCUUCUUUGAUUAGAUUGUGUAUUCGUUUCACCUUAAAUAUUGAUUAAUUAUAAAUUAGGCUUCUAAAAUUCUUAUUUCUAUGAUAACAAUGUUACUUUCAUGUUUCUGAUGUAAUUGACUUAUUCUCUUUCAUAUUAGUACAUCAAUAAGGAAAGAUCGAUGGAGAGAGAGAGGGGGGGGAUCGAGAACAUUUACUCCAUGAACUGAGCAAAUGAAUUCAGUAAUACUUUUGAUUCUUAUAUAAUGUAUGUUAAUGAUUUGCUCACUGUCUAAUAUAUAUAUACAUAUAUAGUUGUUUAUAGUUUUAAGUACUGCUGAAUAAAAUUUCACAUAGAAACUGUAUAAAAUACGUACUUAUGUAAAGAAGAAGAAGAAAAAAAAUCGUUAUUCUUGUAAUUUACAAACAACCACCCACCCACCCACUCACACAUACACAUACAUGACAACAAUAUUUAUACCCAUUUGAUUAAGAUUUCAUUAAAGUUGUAAUGUUUUAUAGUUUUCUUUGUGUCACUGUCUACUUUUUGUGUUUUCCAUGAGGUUUACUUUUCUACUUCGGUCCCAUCAUUUCGAUCUUUUGUUUAUUCUGUUCUCUUGUUGUUGUUGUUGUUGUCAUUCUACACUUUCUCUUGUACAAAACAAUCAAGAAGAGAGAAAAGAAAAAAACAAAUAACUGAGAGAAAAGACAAUUCAAUGAUAGAAUUGAAAUUACCCCCCCCCUACCGCCCUUACCUUCCGCUACGUAUACAUUACGUAUGUGAUUCCAUUCAUUCCAAUAUAAUUGUUAUAUAAUGCCUAUUAACCUAUUUUAAUUCUUAUUACCUGUAUUCAAAUAAAUCAUUUUCAUUUUAUGUGUUAAAUACAAGAUAUUUAGUUGCUA